GUCACAGAAGAGAAGGUGAAAAAAGUUUGGACAGUUGUGGAUGCUAAAACCCUCAGAAAAGAUGAUGUGCAAAAAGAAACUGUUUACUGUUUGAAUGAUGAUGACGAGACAGAGGUUCAGAGAGAUGAUACUAUUCAAGGGUUUCGCUAUGGGAGUGAUAUAGUUCCUUUUUCCAAGGAAGAUGAAGAGCAAAUGAAAUACAAAACAGAAGCAAAAUGUUUUUCUGUUUUGGGAUUCAGCAGAUCCUCUCUGAUCCAGAGGCAUUACUAUAUGGGCAGCCAGGUUCUGAAGGUCUUUGCAGCGAAAGAUGAUGAGAAUGCAGCAGUUGCUUUUUCUGCCCUUGUUCAUGCAUUGGAUGAGCUGAAAAUGGUAGCUAUAGUGCGUUAUGCUUACGAUAGAAGAUGCAAUCCGCAAAUUGGGGUAGCUUUUCCAUAUAUUAAGGAUGCAUACGAGUGUCUCAUCUAUGUGCAACUACCCUACAUGGAAGACUUAAGACAGUACGUAUUUUCAUCCUUGAAAAGCAACAAAAAAUGCAUUCCUACAGCGGAUCAGUUAUCUGCUGUUGACUCUUUGAUUGAUUCUAUGAAUUUGGUUUAUGAAAAUGAUGAUGGAGAAACUUUUGAGGACCUGUUUAAGCCCAGCAAAAUCCCAAACCCUCAUUUUCAGAGGUUAUAUCAGUGUUUGCAGCAUAAGGCUUUUCAUCCCAAUGCGCCGUUGCCGCCAAUUGAACAGCAUAUUUUAGAGGUGCUGGAGAUGCCCCGUGCGGUGAAAGAAAGGUGUCAGGCUCCUCUUGAAAAAAUAAAAGCACUUUUCCCCCUAAAGGAAGUUGGCAAGAAAAAAGAAGAGAAGACUGCUCAAGACAUCUUCAAAGACAACAGUGAAGAUGGACCCAACCCUAAGAAACUGAAAACUGAAGAUGAGGAAGGUAGUUUUAGCAUCAUAAAACUUGCUGAAGGCAACAUCACCUCUGUUGGCAGUGUUAACCCAGCAGAAGAUUUCCGAAUUCUGGUGAGGCAGAAAAAUGCUGACUUCAAAGAGGUGAGUCAGCAGUUGAUAAACCGCAUAGAGCAGUUCCUGGAAAAUAAAGGUUCACAGUACUACAUGAAAGGGAUCAAUUGCAUCAGAGUUUUCAGAGAGGAGGCCAUGAAGCUGUCCAAGGUGCCGUGCUUUAAUGAUUUUCUGCAGGCCCUUAAAUCAAAGGUGGAAGAUAAAGCCCUCACUGAUUUCUGGGAGAUCAUGAUACAAGACAGAAUUUCUUUGAUCACUAAAGAUGAAGCAGAGGGAAGUUCGGUGACACGUGAAGAGGCUGAAAAGUUCUUGGCUCCGAGAGAAAAGAAAAAUGAAACUCUGCCUCCCACAGAUGAAGGUGGUGAUGUUGAUGAUUUGCUGGACAUGAUGUGACCGGGUGAUAUAUGGUGACUACACAAGCAAAGUUUUGGAAGAGGUCUCCCUGUGAGAUGGGGCACAAAACAGGAUGCUAAUGAGAAGACAGUAUAUCCAUCUUUAUUUUCUUGAAUGAGAGCAGAAGUCCUAGAGACAUUUGCA